AUGGAGACAAAUCAUAAUUUAGAAGUUAUUUCAAAUUGUUUGUUAAUUAUAUUUACAUAUAUGGAUUACAUAAAAAUUGCUAUAUCAAAAUAUGGUUUAAUCUGUAAAUUAGGGAUUCCAUUUUAUCUUAUCAUAAGAAUAACAUGUACACUAAUUAUUGAUUUUAGUAUCUAUUAGUUAGAAAGUUUGAUAAUAUUAAGCUUAUUAUUCAUUAAAUACACUAUUUUGCUAUAAAUUUCAUUUAACAAGAAUUGUUAAUAAAAAACAACAAAAUAUCAAUUAACAAUUAAAGAGGAGAGAGAAUCUACACCUAUACUUUAAAAUUAAUAAAUAUUUCCUUCAUUAAAAUCAUAAAGUAAAGUAUCAAUUAAUUAAUCUCCUUAACAUAAUAUGAGUGUAUUUUUAAGAGAUCUUCCUAGUGAAAUGAAAUUGAUACAAUAUUCAAAUUUAACUAAUUUUUAGAAAUUAAAUAAAAGCUUCGAAAAAUCAGACUAAUCUAUGUGUUCAUUUUAUUAAAAUUUACUUAAUAUUUUUCCUUAAGGAAUUUUAAUUUUAAACUCUUUAUAAUAAGUUAGUUUUAUGAAUAACAAAUGUGAAAAAUUAUUAGAAUGUUAAGGAACAGAAAAAAUAUUAGAAAAAGUAAAAGCUUGUGUAAAUAAUGCAAAAAUUAGAGAUUUUUAAGUUGAUGAUUAAAAUACUUUUUAAGCUAAAUAAUAAUAAAAAUAAUUGCAUUAUCAUUUAUUAAAAGAGAUAAUUAAUCAUUUAAAAAAUAGAAAUAUAACAGUAGAUGUAUUAGACAUAAUUAUAUAACCUCAUAAAUAUUCAGGUAUUAUUGGAACUAAACAAGAUUCUAUUUUUGGUGAUAAUUAUAUUAGUUUUUUAUCAUAGGUUUUUAUAUAUGAAUGGUUUAUCAAAUCUGGUUUAAAUAAGAAUAAUACUUAAAAAAAACUUAAAUUAAUAAUUAUACCAACAUCAAUGACAGUUUAAUAGUAGGAAUACUUUUAAUCUUAAUCAUAAAUUCAAAGUAGUAGUAAAGUUAUAUUUUAACCUACCUCUGAUUAUGAAAAUCCUGUUCUUCUUAUAAUAAUUAAAAAUAUAACACAUAAACAUAAAUGUUAAUAAAUUAAAGAUGAAUAAAUUAUUCAUCAUAGUCUUAUCAAAUCUUUUUCUCAUGAAUUAAGAACACCUUUAAAUAGUUGUUAACAUAUGCUCAAUAUAAUGAGGUAAAUUUAAAAUGAACAAGAAUUUAAAAUAUGUCUUGGAAUUGCCUAGAAUUCUAUUAAAUUAUUAAUUCAUUAAGUUAAUGAUAUUUUAGAUUAUGCUGCCAUUUAGUCAUAUUCAUUUUCUUAUCAUAUUACAUAAUUCUCAUUAAAUUAAAUUAUUUAAGAAAUAGAAGAAUUAUAUAAAAACUAAAUGAAAUUAAAAUCAAUUAAAUUUAAGAUUUUAAUUAGCAAAAACAUAAUAGAUUUAAUCAUUUGCAAUGAUAAGUAGAGAAUAUUAUAAAUAUUAGUAAAUUUAUUAAAUAAUUCAAUUAAAUUUACUCAAGAAGGUGGUUACAUUCAAUUAAACAUAACUGAAAAGGAAUAUUUUUCAAUAAAUAUAGAAGUUAAAGAUAACGGUAUAGGUAUUGAAGAAGAAUAGUUACAUUUAAUAAAAAGUAGUUUAUAUGAUACAAUGGAAUUUGGUGCGAUUUUGAAAUAGAAUUCUGAAAUAAAGAAAAAAGGCUUAGGAUUGAGUAUUGUUACAAAACUUGUUUAAGGAUUAACUGAAGCUUAAGAUAAUAAAUUAAUUAUAAAAUCUAUAAAAAAUUAAGGAACUAUAGUCUCUUUUAAAGUUGAAAAUCUUCAGCUUAAUUAAAAUGUAUAUUAAUAAUCAUCAAAAUUAUUUACACAAUAAACUGGAAAAUUUAAUUAAUCGGAACUAUUUUAUACAUUUAAUAAGAUAAAUUUUGAUGAUAAAUUAGCAAAUUAAAUGAAAAUGUCAUUUUCUAAAAUUGAAAAUGAUGUAGAGAAUUUAGAUUAAAAUUCAGAUACUUAUAAAGGUACUUCAAGAUUAAACGAUUUUGAAAUACAAUAAUAAAUUUUAUUACCUGUAAGUCCUGAAUACUUUACCCAUAGAUUUGUAUCUUCGUGUAAAAAUUUGUAAGAAUUAGAAUCAUCUAAAAUUUCAAAAAAAUAAUAAAUUUGCUAAAAUUGUACUCAUAUAUUAGUUGUUGAUGAUAUACCAUUUAAUUAAAUAGCUUUUAAAAUGAUGCUUAAACAUUAUCAAAUAGAAGCAGAUUCAGUAUUUGAUGGAUUUUAAGCAAUUGAAAAGGUUAAACUUAAAAUGUUAUAACAUUGUUAAACAUAUAGAUUAAUUUUCAUGGAUAUUGAAAUGCCUGGAAUGGAUGGAUUCUAAGCAAGUAAACAAGUAAAUAAUUAUAUAUAUAAUAUUUAGAUUCUGAAAUUGACACAAAAAUAAUCUACAAUUGUUAUUUGUUCAGCAUAUGAUACAUAAGAAAAUUAUAUUAAAGGUUCUAAAUUGGGUAUUAAUACAUUUCUACCAAAGCCUGUUAAUCAAGAAGAAUUAAAAGUAGUUUUAGGUAAGCUAUUCCAAUUUGAUGGAUUUAUUUAAUGA